AGUCAUAUAUCUUAAAAAGUGGGGUUUCCGGCUCUGAAGCUAUAUUUAGCAAGAUAUGUGGCAAUCAAUAUUUUAUGCAGCUCCAAAUAACUUCUAGAUAUGAUAGAACUAUAUUAUUACUACACAGAAAGAAAAUUUGGUUGCAAGAAAGUAAAAACUAGUGAAGAUAUUUUGAAAAUCCUUCGUGGGUAAAAAAUGAUGUUUAUUAAUUUGAUAAUUGUAAAAUAUUGAGCAACAAAUAUUUACAUGAAGAUAUAUUUACAUGUUGCAAAUUAUCCUUGGGGUUUCUUGGAUGUUUGUUACAAAUUUCAACACAAUCCACUGAAAAACACACGGUUGGUGAGACUUGGAAUAAACAAAAUACAAAGACUUGGAGAAGUGAUGAAUUUUAGCUAAGAGGGCUAAACAUUCCUAACUCAAAAAGUACCUGGAGUAGCGCGAUGGGAUUUUGAGGAUCUCAUGAGUUUAAUAUAAGUUUUCGUGGUUUUUUUUUUUUUUUUCCAAGAAAAUCUAUGUCAUGAACUGAGAGGUCUAGGUGAGUUGGUGUAGACAUGGAAUGAGCCCACAGCAACAUGGCUGUUGCAUUUUUCACAAUUCCUGGUUUGGAAUUUAAAGACUUGCUUCCAUAUGGAACACAGAUUGCAUCAGAAUUCAAGGGAGGACUCUCGAUGUGCUGCGGGGGGGAUGUGCAGGCGUGUGGACUUGUGUUCACCAGAUCAAAACAGCUACCCUCCUGCUUUCAAAAUCCAUGAAACUCCCUGUAGCUGCGCGCGCGUGCGUCCGCCUUCGCUGUGUACAAGCUGAGCUCAGCAGUGUGAGAAUUAUUCUCCGAUAAAACGUCUGUUUUGAGUGACUCAUCCACUGGCUCUUUUGUUAAAAGUUGCUUGGCUAUCUUGGAUGGAAAUGUUUCUUGGCAAUUUUCCCUUAAGUUAACCACCUCCCUCCUCCGUGCAGCCUCAGCUCUCUGUGUGCUGGGUAAAGACCAUUUAAAAUCCUCUAGUAAUGCAUGUAUUAUCCUUGACUUCACCUCCGAGAGGCUUCAUAUUCCCCUGCAGCGAUUGGAGGAAUGUCUCACUACACGGACGAGCCUCGCUUCACCAUCGAGCAGAUCGAUCUGUUGCAGCGCCUGCGUCACAGUGGCAUGACGAGGCAGGAGGUCCUGCACGCGCUGGACACACUGGAGAGGCUCGAGCGCGAGCACGUGCAGAAGUUCGGCCGCCGCCACUCCCCGUGGGGGGGGGGAGGUGCCCGGCCCGUGGCUGACUCCGCCCCCUCGGAAGGUAACCCCGGCGCAGCGGCCGGCGGCGGCGCUCCGAGCUUGUCGCCGAGGGCCACCGUCGCUACGCAGACCGCCUUCCACGGCAGCGCCCUGUCCCCGUCACCCGUCAGCUACGACACGUCUCCGCCCCCCACCGUCGCCGUGCCAGUCCCCGUGGUGACGGCGCCACCCGCUCAGAACGGCAGAGAUGCCUUGGUGCCCGUGAGCAAUGGGAAACUCUCUCCGCCCCAGUACCCACUCGGCCACGCCCCUGCUCGGCCUUUUGGCUUCGAGCCCCCCGAGGAGGAGAUGGACAUUGAUGACAAGGUGGAGGAGCUGAUGAGAAAGGACAGUAAUAUAAUCAAAGAGGAGAUCAAGGCGUUCUUAGGGAGUCGGCGAAUUUCUCAGGCUGUAGUUGCCCAAGUCACAGGCAUCAGUCAGAGCCGGAUCUCCCACUGGCUCCUGCAGCAGGGCUCGGACCUGAGUGAGCAGAAGAAGCGGGCCUUCUACCGCUGGUACCAGCUGGAGAAGACCAUGCCCGGUGCUACCCUGGCCAUGAAGCCUGCGCCCGUGGCCCUGGAGGACAUGGUGGAGUGGCCUCAGUCCGCUGCCCCCGUCGGCUGCGGCCCCGGCAGCUUCCGCCUGCGCCGCGGCAGCCGCUUCACCUGGAGGAAAGAGUGCCUCGCCGUCAUGGAGAGCUACUUUAAUGACAACCAGUACCCAGAUGAGGCAAAGCGAGAGGAAAUUGCCAAUGCCUGCAACGCUGUCAUACAGAAGCCAGGAAAGAAGCUUUCUGAUCUGGAGAGGGUCACGUCUCUGAAGGUGUACAACUGGUUUGCUAAUCGACGAAAGGAGAUAAAGAGAAGGGCCAACAUAGAAGCAGCAAUCCUGGAAAGCCAUGGGAUAGACGUGCAGAGCCCGGGGGGCCAGUCCAACGGGGACGAGGCGGACGGCACCGAGUACAGCGAGCCGGUGGCAGAGCAGGGCCUGGGCGCGAGAGCACUGGCCAGAGGCUUUGGUUUCGGCAGAGGGGACCUGUCCUCGCCCGUUCAGGAUGACAGCACGGGCCCCAGUGAGCACCAGGACCCCAUCACCCUGGCUGUAGAGAUGGCAGCGGUCAACCACAGCAUCCUGGCACUGGCUCAGCAGCGCAGGGGCAGCAACGACAUCAAGGCCGAGGUGCUUGAUGACGAUUGAGGAACCUGCUAGACACACACACACGCACGCACACAUACACACACACAUCUGCCAAAGGAGGAGAUUGGGAUUGGUGUGAGGAGGGGAGGAGACAGAGUGAUGUGAGUGUGAGAUGUGAUUUGAAGGGAGAUUAGAGAAAAUGCUGCGAUAUGCCUGGCUGAUGAUACCUUACCACUAAUGACUGAAGGAACUGUAGAGUUCUGAGACUAAUAACCCCACAUUAUCCCCACUCCUACAACUAACUCCUACAACUGCCACCUCAGUACCAUAACGUUUAUAUGGUGCCCUGCCAAACAGGCCUAAGUGUCUGUGAAACAGAAACUCAAACAGUGCUUUUUCCAUGUGCGCUUUGCUAACUAAACCCAUAUAAAACAGAAAUUUGCACACAACAUCUAGUAGGACGGAACAGGUCUACCAUUCUUCUGUGGCUAGCAAGGAACCGCCAAUUAGCUUCACGUUAUUGCACAAAGCUAAUUGCUGUUCAUUCGCCUCACUUGCAUUUUUGACUGAAAGACCUUUUCCUUCUAAGGAACGUCCUGCGCUCACGGCCGGCCAAGGUGCUGUUUGCCUCUAAGCCAACCUUUUGAUUUCUUUUCGCAGACUUCGUGUGGUUAAGAUCCAUCGCCAGCCACACCGUGUUUCCCCCUAGUGGCGAGAUUACGAUACCUCUUAAGUCAUGAGACCUGGGCCUGCUAGCUGGAAAUCAUAUGAGCCUUAUUCAGUGAUCAUGAGCUUCACCGUCACCUGACCAAGGUCAGGUCGGCUCUUCUACAGGCUUCUUUAAAAGCAAUCAGACGAAAUGCUGUUAACUGCACCGUGUGUAACCUCAUAAUGUCCUGUAGUUGGGUGCUGUGUUGGACACUGAAGAUAGUCAGGUUUUGACACUGCAAACACUUUGAGCAGCACAGGACUGUGACAGAGACUCAGCAACCAUGGUACUGGGUCACCAUGUUCUGUUGGUGGGAUACGAAGGUACAUGCCCAUUCACAUGGGUCCACAUAUCAGUUACAAAUGUUGAUUACAGAAGAUGGAUGAUAAACGAUUAGAAUUCUUAAUUGUUGAUCGUCGUCCAGAACCACUUUAAAUAAAUAUCCAAUUUAAUAUAUCCACUUAAGCAGUCAUUUGGUGUAGCUGUACAGAUCCCCACAAUGUCACUUUAGGGCUGAAGGCCAUAGUGAAUCUAAAUUUACAUUUUAAGAACAUGUUACUGCUCUCAUGCAAAUCAUGUGUUUUGUCCUUCCAUCUGCUCCUUAACCAGUGGGAGAAGCAGAAGGGCAGUGUAGUGGUUAUUCAGUUCUUAGAGAGCUGAUUUCAACAGAGCCACUGAUAGGCUCUUUAAACAUGAUGUACAAGACAACUCUUGGAAGUGCUGCUUCAAAUCUUGUAAAUCUCUGAUUUUUGAGACAUUAAUUAAUGAAUUUCGCACUUGAGUCUGAAAUUUUUCAACAUAGAAAUGUCCAUCACUUAGGACUAAGCUUGUUUUAGCAUGUUCUUUUCAUUAUCUGCAAUUUCACUCCAGAAGUUCAAAUAUUCUCUCCUUUGUCCUAGUGUAUUCUUUGGAGUAAAAAAAAUACUCUUAAAGGUAAAUUGCCCUCUUUUUGCACAAGGAGCCUUUAAUAUUAGAUGUAACCUAACCAUAUUUCACUUUAUGACUUUCUGUCUCUGUGCGAAGAUUAUGAAUCUUCUCUUAAGGCUUAAGUAUAAAAAACAAGAUGUGGCAUCAAGAAGUAGCAUUUGACAAUCUUCAUUUCCUAAAGGUUGCUAUUAAAACAAGUGUGUUCAACUUUUAAAAAGAAGCUUCGACUAAUGUACCACAAUAUUUAAAUCUUUUGUUUUUUUUCUUAUGUGGCUCUAAAUGGAGGAUUUUAGUGUUAUAGUCCAUCAGUCCAUCAGAGAAGGAAAGCUGAGAAGAGGUCUGAGUCACUGAACAGUCCAGGGAAAGUGCCAGUGGUUCGACCACCUUAAAUACAUUUAUGAUGCGGGUCUGUUUCGGUCCUGUCCUUGUGACUUCAUUAGAAGGGAAAAGUGUUACCUACUGUCAGCUGAAAUAUAACGUCAGUGACCUCUACGUGUAAUCCCUUUAUUGAAUUAAAAUAAUUCUUGUCUUCUUUGUAUUUAUAUCAUAAUGCACCCUUCAUGAUGUCCCUGAUUUAAUACUUGCAUGGAGAGAGGAACCCAAAUCUUUGGGUUUAAUUGCAAUUGACUGUUUCUGUUUGAGGGAAACCGUGAGGGAGUUUGUCCUGUUAUUCUGUCCACGUUCAAUAUGUGAAUAUAUUACAAAUAUAUAAAUAUUCUAUACAAUUAUAUUACAAAUUACUGUUGUAUCAACUCAAAAUAGCUAAAUCAUGUAUGUCUUAUUUCAGGAUUUAGUGCCUUUUUUGGACAGUAGACUGUUCAGUAAUUAAUAUGUAGUAUAUGUAUGCUUUAUUACUUUUUUAAGACUUUUUUUUAAACUUGUUUAUUUUAGUACUGUAUCUUCUGAAGAAUAAAGACUGAUUAAAGACAAAAUUGUGAAAACGA